GAUAAAACAUAGAUAAACAAAUAGAUUAUGUAUGUAUUUAGAACAAGACGCUAGUUUGUAAGAACAAACUCUACUAAAUAUUGUACUGUAUUGUACUAUAUUUUUAAUAUAUUUACGCUAUACCAUACGACAGAAUACUACACUACACUACACUACACAACACUACACAACGUCAAAGAUGUCAUCCAAGCAACUCAUCACCAUCCUUCCCUACUACAAGGUCAAAAACAACGGCGCCGAUGACAUGCGGAAGGUCAUGAAUGACGGCGUCGAGAUUGUGCACGCUAACGAGCCAGGGUGUCUGUUCUUCUCUUUCAUUGUGAAUGGCAAUGAGGUGUUCGUACGAGAAGGCUAUGCCAGUGCAGACGCGGUGAAGAAGCACAUGGUCAACUGUGGGGCUUUGGCUGUGAAGUUCCUGGAGAGCGCCGAUUUGGUCAAGUGUGAGAUGCAUGGGCCAAAGAAGGAACUGGAUCAACUGGGAGAGACCCUGCAGGUGUUUAACCCCGCCUAUUGGUACGAGGAGGGGCUUGUGCAUCUACAGUAG